UUGAGUGCAGAAUAUGUCACCAAUGAACACGGACGACUUCAGAUAAAAUGUGAUGUGGACGGAAACCCGUUAUCUACUAUCACGUGGUUGUUUGUACAAAACAACACUGUUGUAAAGAGAGACUCUGAUGUAAGCAUUAGCUCACUGGAGAUAUCGUCAGCAAACUGCCUAGAUCAUGGGAGUUACAGUGUUACAGCUCAUAAUGGAAAAAGUCCAGCUGCUGUGAGAACAACCCAUGUAACGGUUAGAUGUAAACCCCGACUGCAUUACAUUGAUUCCCAAACUCCGGACAACCUUGCCCUAGGAUACUGCGACUCUCUUAACAUUCUCGUGAAAAUGUUAUUAUACCCACCAGCGAAUCUGAUGAAGUGGACUUUCAUGGGAAAAACAAUUUGAGUAGAGUCAUUCAAAAUAAUACAGAUGGCUACAUAAUUACAGACGCCAAAGGAGAAAUGGAACAAAACAUCACUCUCUACAAAAGUAAUAUCAAUACUAAAGAUUUUGGAGAUUACAUCAUACUAAUUCAGAAUGAUGUUGGUACCUUCUACAAGAGCUAUCGAGUGGACACCGCAACACCACCAGUGACACCUACCAAUGUUACGCUGGACUGUGACAAUCCCCAUUCCAUAAAGCUAUCGUGGAUUUCUAACUUUCAUGGUGGAGACAGUCAGACAUUUAAGAUUUCCUAUUCCACUGAAGGAAAUUUAUCAGCAUUAUUUAAAGAUGUAGAGUACAUCCGUGACGAGGGAUAUAAUAGACUCCACAGUUACACUCCCAGAAUUAAGCUUCAGGGAACAGUGUGGUUUACUAUUACUGCCUCCAACUUGUUUGGAAAAUCUACAUCAGAUGUUCAAUAUUGCACUGUUGCAAAAUUUCCAGAAUUACAAGAGAGCGUAGGGAAUCAGACUGGAGCAGCUGUUGGGAGUGCUGUAGGGAUGGUGACCCUCAUCAUCAUUAUCCUAGUCCUCGUGAUAUUUAUCCGCAGGCGUUAUACAUUCAUAAUAAAAUUGGAGAGAAAAAACACAUGGCUCUUUGCUGAACUGGCAGCCAAUGGAGGGAGCGUAAUACUGGUGUAA